UGAGACCUUCUGUUUGACAUUCUCACCGAUAAAACGUUCCAAUCCGAAUAUCCGAAAGGGUGAACGUACAGGGCACGCGAAACACUCUGAGAACGCGCCGGAACUAAACUGUACCUCAACAUGGUUGCCAUGGAGACGCGGCCCUCUCGUACACAGAGCCUGCUUGUGCCUUGCGUUGAUAUAGUCGCCAUGCUAUAGUAACAGUUUUAGGAAACAAAAUGGCUCUGCCCGAGCCCGUUCGCCGGCAUCUCGACUCUCUGACAAGGAAUGUGUUCAGUGAUGCCAGGCGGACGGUACCAAAGAAAGGCGAUGACGGCGCCGCCAGCGGUAAGUUAGGGCUUUGUACAUGAGAGGACUAAUAUAGCCAGGUGUUGGGCGGCGAUACGCUUACCUUGUAUUCCCCACCGACAAUUGGAUGAGCAUGAAGUGAAACUUAGCGUACAUAAACUAGUGCAAAAAGUUAAUCGGUAUUUUGGCGUGACUUCCAGCCCACUAAAAUAUACAGUAAUUAUUUCACAAUAAAUAUGAAGGUAUAAUGUGAGUGCAUGUUUCUGUACUAUUUGCCUUAUAACCAUAUGCUAUUGCUAACUAGAAUUAACUUUUUUUUUUAAAUCACCUAAGUGAUUCCUCAUCCACCCCAAAUUCAAUUUGUAUUUCUGUUUGAGAAAUUAUAUAUAUAUCGGAUAUAUAUGUACUCAAUUAAAAUUAAAGAGGCCCUCCAUUGCCCAUAUUGAAAAACAUUAAACAUUCUGUUUAGUAGAUAUACCCCUUGUGAACCAUGCAUGCAUUUAAUUAUGCAUUUAUUUUUUUCAUUGGGGGUAUACGUAAAACUUGCUUCCAAAAGUUGCAGAACUCUUGGAAUUAUUGAAUUAAUUUUUUCAUUGGAGAUAUAUCUACUAAAUACUGUAGGGUUUAUCUUUUUGUAUUUGGGCAGUGGCGUUAACUCCUAAAGUCUAAAGUAUGGUGCCAGUCAGCUCUGCCCCUGAAAUUCAGUUGCAGUCUGAGGCUUUUGAAAGGGUAGCCGCUAAACCAAGAGAGCGUCAGCUCAUGCUCAUUUCAGUAAUUACAAAAUACGUAUGCCUACUGUAAACCUGUCAGUUUUUUCUGUUUGGUCUCACCUUAAUAUUUCCAUUUCUUCUCUAUUCAGAAGAUCUCGUCUCCAAUUUACCUCUACAGAUGUCGCUGUAUUUCAAUACAUUUUAUUUCCCAUUCUGGUGGAUUUGUGACGUUUUAAUGCUUCAAUUAAAGGUACUGUAAGAUUCCAGAGAAUGAAAGCUGCACAAGUGGAGCUGAAUAAUCAAGUAAAUAAUGAUAAACAUGUAUCUUUGGUUUAUAGUCGGUUUACCUUUAAAUUUUAAUAUAUUCGCUAUGUAGCCAUUACAUCUUUAUUACUAGAAACAAACACAAUAGAUAAGUGCUAGAUAAUGAAGUACUGCCUCCAUUUAGUUUGGAACAAUAUAAUGAAAUUAUGCGUGUAUUUUUGCAUGUUGCAUUUCACAUAGGUGUCUAAUUGAUUUAGGUGCAGCUUAUCUCCUUUUGUUUGUUUUUGAUUUGCGGUGUUGGGAUUUCUUGUAAGAUUUGCUGCCUUACAUUAUUUUUUUGUUAUAGUGAGCACCUUAUUUGUUUUCAUCUGUGUUACCUGUUGGGCUCUAAUAACUUUAAGCACCCCACCCUUUUUGUAAUCCCUAAAACCAUGUAAGUUAGAGGGGCACUACUUACCAAAUGUACAGCUUAUUGCAUUUGUUCUGGUGAGUAGAAUCAUUACCUUCAGGCUUUUUGCUGUAAACACUGUCUUUUCAGAGAAAAUGCAGUGCUUACAUAACAGCCUAGUGAUAACUUCACUGGCCACUCCUUAGAUUGCUGUUAGAGAUCCUUCCUGGGUCAUUGCUGCCUAAAUUCAUCCAAACAUUGUGUCUCCACCCUCUGCAUGCAGACUCUGAACUUUCCUCAUAGAGAUUCAUUGAUUCAAUUCAUCUCUAUGAAGAGAUGCUGAUUGACAAGGGCUGUGUUUGAAUUCUGCUGUAUCUGCCCCUGAUCUGCGUCCUUGUCAGUCUCAGCCAAUCAUAUGGGAAAACAUUUUGAUUGGAUCAGGCUACCACUUCUGCUGAUGUCACCAGGCAGUGGGCAGGUCAAAAGGAAACCGGGACAAAUUUAGCAGUUCGAGACUUGCAUACAAGUACGAUUUUGCUAUAUUUAGGGAGGCUUGAAGGGGAUAGGGGGGCUAGAUGGUGGCUUAACCCUAUAGGGUCAGGAAUACAUGUUUGUGUUCCUGACCCUAUAGUGCUCCUUUAAUAGAUAUACUUGCAAUGAGAACAUGCAUGCAUUCAAUUAUGCAUUCAAUUAUGCAUUUUUUUCAUUGGGGUUAUUCUAAAAACUUCAUGCAAAAGCUGCAGAUCUAUUAUCUGAAACCUUUGCAAGCACUCCUCUUCUAACCCAGCACAGACUUUCUGUAGCUGUCCAAUUACAGACUUCCUAAUUCAAUGAGAUGUCUUUGCAAGACAGGUGCUUUGAGCUAUUGCAUGCCUCUUGAGCUUAACAUCCAGGAAGUAAUAGGACAAGUUAUCGGAUUAACAGGGGGGUGUAACAAUUUGUAAUAGUGCCAAUUUCUUCUGAAAUCUUUUUGUAAAAAACAAAACAACAAAAAACAACAAAUUAAUUUCUGCAAGCUAGCAAGACAUGCUUCAGUGCCGUAGAAUGAAGCUUUUGAGUAAAAAAAAGUACCCAUAUUAAGAAAUACAAGGAGGCGGGGAAGGUUGGGAGGUCUGAAAUAAGGAAAGGAGGGAGAGGACAUAUAGGCAUCCCCUUGCAGGUGCGCUACCAGUGCUGCUGCAAUAGUAGAAGCUCAUUACGUCUGACAACAAACACCGGUUUGCAUGCAAUUAACAUUAGGCAGUUUGGAACAGAGUUCUGAACUGCUUAAUUGACAUGUGCCAGUGGUGUAAAUAGCCCACUGCACAAAUAUCUCUGUAUGUGCAGCAUUGAGCAGAAACACUGCACAUUCAGAUUUCUUCCUCAAUGACUACUUCUAGAGGCAGAAGUGGUCGUGGAAGCUGAAGUGGAGAUGAUAGUAGGGGUUGAUAUUCUGAGGAUUUUUUGAUUCCUCUGCCCUCUACAACUAUAUAACAGCUGAUUAGAGAUGCCUGCUCACAGUUUAUUUGCCUAGAUGAAUCAGGAAAGGAUAGCAAAAAUGUGAGAUGUUACUUUUAGUCGUGGGAACACCUGCACAAGCAAGGUAGAUGUUUACAACUCAACAGGGUUUGCAGUGGAUUGAAGGACUGAGAGCGGUAUAAUUAAACUAGUGUAAUAGUUAAGGAGUGAUGGCAAUGUCAGUGUAAAUAUAAAUAACAUGGGCCUUUGCUCCCCCCCCCCUUUUUUCUUUUCUCCACAGUAUGGACUACUUCCUGACUUUUAUAAGUUCAUCUUGGUGACUAUUCUUAUCCUCAUGACUCUCAUUGAAGUUAUUCGACUUUAUCUAGGAUACAGUGGAAACCUUCAAGAAAAGGUACAUGUAAGAAAUCAUAUUUUGAGCAGUUUUCCAGUGCCACAUAAUACUAAUUUUGUAUUUUAAGAGGUACCUGUCAUGACAAAAACAACUUAAUCUUAAAGGAACACUAUAGUCACCAGAACAACUACAGCUUAAUGUAGUUGCUCUAGUGAGUAUAGUCAGUCCCUGCAUGCUUUUUAAUGUAAGCACUGCCUUUUCAGAGAAACUCCUCAGACGGCCACUGGGUUUCCUAACGUUCAGCGUCUUCACGCUCUGCAUGGGCACGCUGAACUUUCCGCAUAGAGAUGCAUUGAAUCGAUGCAUAUCUAAAAGGAGAUGAUGAAUAGCCAGGGUGGGGUUGGCUCUGCCUUACACCACACCUCCUUGGCUGAUUUAAUCAGAAUUGACUAUCUCAGCCAAUCCAGUGCUUUUGUAUGGGAAAGCAUUGUAAUUGUCUGAGAUGAUCAAUUCUGAUGAUGGCGAUGCCAAACGCAUGGAGAACCGUGCAGCCCUGGAAGAAGGUGAGUAAGUCUAACUGGUAGUUUUAGAACUUUAGUGUCUGGAAUUCACGUUUGCGUUCCAGACACACUAGUACCCCUUUAAAUGAUAGAGAAUAAAAUUUCAUCUAGGAUGCUAGCAAAUGUUUGGAUUCCACUGAAAUCAGAGAUUAAAACAGUAUUCGCCCCCUCCUUUCUGUAAAUUCAGUCUGUGCAUAUUGGCACAGAGAUAAGAUGGCUGCACUCUGCAUGUCUGUUAUGAUGGAAACUCUGCUGGGCAUUUCUUAUGCUUACCUUCAGCCUAAGGGAAGCAAUGUCUACAAAGGGAAAAGGGAGGAGUGGCAGGUUCUGUGUGAGAAUAAAUCCAGCAACUUGGAGACAAACAGCAGGAGUGAUUUAUUGCAGAAAAUUUAGGCAAUCUGAGAAUGGAGAGAGUGAGCGAGAACAGAUAAGGUUUUUUGUUUAUUUUUUUUUUUUGUUUUUUUGUUUUCUUUAUUCAUACCAUAAAGUGUAGGGGACUUCUAAUCUGUUAUAGAAAGCAAGGCUGUGCUCCCCAAACAAUGGUAAGCACACAUAUAUUAUAGAAAGUGUAAGCCCUACAGAGAACACAAUCGAUGUUCUAAGCAGGUGAUGCGGAAAUGAACAUAAGAUAAAAUGUGUGCUUUUAAUAGUAUUAGGAGAAGAAACACUUAAAGGAACUCUAUAGGUACCAAAAAACUAUAGAUCAUGCUUUUAAGUCUCUCCCCUCUGUCCCCCUCUUUCUUGUAAGUAUGUAUGUGGUAGUGUAUGUGCACACAUCCAAGCAGUCAAACACCAGCACAACAUACAAACACACCCCUGAAUUAAAACACUAAAACUAUAUACAAGCUUCCCUUCAAACACCAACACUAUGCAUUACAUUAAAGCGCCAUUAUAUGCCACAGCACUGUACAGAUACACAACUUAGAAAUUGUGACUAGGGGUGCCUUCGAAAAAUAUUGAAAUAUUAACGGCGCCUUGAACCUAAAAAGUUUGGGGACCACUGGUCUAGCACAUUUGAAACCAGUUUGCAAACAAAAAUGUGAUUACAAAACUAAGCCCUUCUUCCUGUGUUACACCAAAUUAGUCACUAGGGGUCACUGUCACUAGUAUCAUUUUCCUAUUAUAAAUUAUCUUGUGGUACCUUGUAAUAUCAUGGAUCUUCUAUCUGUCACGCUAUAAAUCAUGCAAAGACUGGAAAUAGACCCCCAUAGGCUCCCUGACAUCUGUGGCAUGGUAUCCAGUGAUAUAUAUAAUUUGCCAUUUUUAUAGCGCAUUUCUCCCUGUGAGACUCAAAGCACUUUACAAGUAUACAAACAUAAAGACAUAAAAGUUAAGAGUUUCCAUCAAGCAUCAGCUGAGCGGACUGAAUGCUUGAUGGAAGAGGUGGGUCUUUAACUUUUUUAUUUUUAAAGUCUGUAAGGAUGGUGCCUCUCUGAUUGCGCCCGGUAAAGAGUUCCAGAAGGUAGGGGCAGCGUGGCUGAAUGCCCUGGAACCUGAGUCUGUGUUCAUUCUUGGCACUGACAGGAAGGAUUUGCUGGCUGACCGAAGUGAACGGGAUGGAAUGUAGGGUGCUUUGCCUGAGUCGAAUUUUCCAGCGUUUGUUGGCGUCAAACUGUGACUGUUAAAAAAACUCAUAACUUUGUCACAUAUUAAGCAAAAGGUUUGUUUGGAAGCAAGCAAAGAGGCAUAGCAUAAUGAGGUCAUGUCUCCAAUUGAACCCUAUACAUUUCAAAUAUCUGACAAAGCUCCAUAUGGAGGGUAUUGCUGUAUUUUGUGACAGUAGCAGAAUACACAUUUUGGAUUUUUUUUUUAUGCUAGGUGGAAACAUACAUUCUGUAAAAUUCACUUUAUAAUGAAACAUGCAGGGUGAGACAUAACUAAGGGGGCACUGAUCCUGGCUAGCCAUGAGUGGGUUCAUGAAAGGCCCUGAAUCUUAUUUUCUCUUCAUACAAAGCCCUGAAUGAUUUAUAGAGCCAGCUGGAAUAUGAUGUACUUUCCUGCCAUUUAAUUUUCUGUUACUGUAAAUUCAGUGCCUAAUUCCUUUCAAGAGUAUUGGAAUUGGCUGUAAAUGCCCCCCCUGUACAAUAUUUCAAGAUAUCAAGUGUUACUAUAUUAUCUGGUUUGAAUGGGCAGAUUCUCAUCUAAAUAUCUCUUAAUAAAUUAAAGAAUAUAUUUUUUUCCCUAAUAUGACUUUCCAUUUUCUAUUUAAUGUGUUCUUUGUCAUUUUCUUUUGUUUCCACAUUUUAGGUUCCUGAAAUAGCAGGCUUUUGGCUGCUAAGCAUUCUGUUACAGCUGCCACUGCUACUCUUUUUGCUGUUCAACCCUGGUCUAGAACCACUCCCUCUUGAACUGGCUGCACAUGGGAUUCUGACAGCAUUUCUACUCUUUCAGAUCCCUGUCUCCUCCCUCACUCUACGAAGAACUACUAGGCGACUUGCUGGGAGAUUUCAUCAGCUGGGUAACUCAGAGGCACAAGCCUAAAAUAAACAUAUAUUUUGCUUGGAAAAGUUUGUCUGCUCUCUUAACAUGGUCUUAUUUAGAAAUGGCCUUAUCUAGUGCACAGAGAUUUGAACUGUUGUAAACUAAACCAGAGAGCUAAGCCUGUGAGAUGAUUUAAUUGAGCCAGUCAACAUAUGUUUCUGUACAAGCAAGCAAAGUGCCUUAUUGUCGUGGUUUAUGUGUUGUUUGUUCUGUUUUAAUGGAUUUUAAUUUAUUCUCUAAAGCUUUUGGUAGAUGUCUAAACUUGACAUAAUUUCCAGAAUCCUCUGUAAAUUGCUUGUUUUAAACCUUUAGCUUACAGAGAUUGCCUUUCAUGGUUUGUAAUGUAUGUGUUUUCAUAUUUACUGCAGUAUUUUCUAUAAUAUUUACACGUGUGUAAAUUGAUAUGUAAUUUAUUUUUUUGUCAAUUGUUCAGAAAUGUGAUGUAUAAAUGGAACUGUACAAAUAAAUAUUUCAGUACUGCCUUUCAUGUGUCAUCACUAUGUAACAGAUUUUGUUCUAGAGUUACUUCUCAUUCUUUCCCCUCGCUACACUUUUGUACUAGUUUAUUUAACUAUUUUCUAUACAUAAUUUAAUAAAAACUUCUAAAUAUAGUUCUCAUUUAACAAUUCGCAAACUUUGAUAUUCCUUUUCUAUACCCUUCUUUAAAUGAGUUUCAGGCUAGUAUGUGUGAUUGCAAUUUUAAAUCCUCUGGCUACUUGCCUUCUCAGUGCCUUAAGAAUCCAUUUUAUUUUCUUAAUUUUUACACCUCUAAAGCAGGAUAUAUGAAAUGUUGAUCACAUAGCUUCACUGUGAAUGAUGGGUUUUGUUGUAGAUUUAUUGUAUAAUUUCUUUAUUUAUAACUAUGGAAUUCUAUUAAAAACAUAAAACACUAAAACUGUAAAUGAUAGGUAAUGUGGCUCCCUAGAGAAAUUGUAAAAAAUAAAAAAACAAUUGUGUAUACUAGAAGACAUGUGAGAAGUGCUCUAUGCUGAAUUGCAUGAAUGGACAGUGGCAGAUGAAGAGACUUUCUCAUUCCUCUUUGCUUUAUGACGCCAUUGGUUAUUCAUAUUUUUCUUUUUUCUUUUUUUCCAUUAAAAUGAAUUGUCUAUUUAUUUUGUCUGUUUAGUGUGUGGUUUAUUUUUUGUUUUGUGAGUCAUUUCAUGAUUCCCAAAGAUAACAGAUUUUGUUUGACAAGAUAUCAUUCUGAUAUGUGUCAAGUAACUAUUUUUGUACCAGUGACCUUGUUAUUGUUCCUUUUAUCUCUCUCUGGAAAAAAAAAAAAAAGGGCUUAAGAAAGAAAGCUGACUUCUCUGGUGAUAUUUACCAUUCUUUAAAUGUCUACAUUUGCGCAAAUAAUUAAAUAAUGCUUCCACAUUAAAAUAUUAUAUGAAGUUUUCUUCACAUGAGGAAAAAUAUAGUUUCUUAUUCAUGUUCCCUAUGAUCUCAUAUUAUUGACUAAAUACUUUUUUUGCCUUUUUAUUUGCAAUCUUAAUAUUCUUAAAUUGUGCUUGCUCCUAUGCUCUAUAUGUAUGCCAUUCUGACACACUCACAUAGCCCCUCUGUAUCAUUUUCAUUCUUUUACAUAAUCACCCCUCACUUUUCUUUUCUGCCUCUCCCCACUCCCCACAAGUCUUCCCCUACAAAACCCUUUAAAUCUGGCCUUGUUUUCCUGCUUGUUCCUCAUCCCCCGCUCUUUCUCUCAUCCUUCACACCAUCUGUUGCUUGUUAGCAGAGAGCGGCUUCUUCUCCCAGGCGGCGUCUGCACCCCUCCCUAUGCCAACUUCUCCCUUUCUUAUUCCCUCUAGAGCUCUCUGCCUUUCACUGUAUUUCUACUCUGGGCAAAAUCCCUGUUCAAUUUGGUCUGGGUCAUUUUCUGCCAAUAAUAUAACAUACAAAAUUACAUCAACAGUAGACCAUUGUCCUCCGCAAUACUCCACAAGGGGGACGACUUCUUUUCAUGUAUUAAAUUUGAUUGAAUCUAUCACGCAUAAAUAAACAUGCUUUUUGUGGUUCUCUGUGAAUAGCAAGUAAUUAAUGGAUAGCAGUAAUGUUAUGCUCUCAUCUUUUGUUGCACUUUGGUACCUAAAAUUGACUGGUAAGUUAAUAACUGGAAUUUUUUUUUUUUUACCUGGAUCACUUUUAAUAUUACUAAACAUGUUGAUGCCAUUGGCACAUCGGGUGAAAAUUAAUUACUUGCAACCUAAUCAGCUACUGAGAACUUUGCCAACACCUUGUUAGUGUUCUUUAUAUAGUGUUGUAACACUAUCUGUAAUCAGGGCUUUAUUAUGAUAUUCCGUAUUUCCACAUUCUUUUCACGUGAGCGGGGAAUUUUUUUUUUUUUUUUAUUACAUUAUUAGCUACAUCAUUAGCUUCCUUCUAAAAAAAUUUUAGAGUGGCAACAUUUUAAAUAAUUUUUAUAUGAUUUUACUUACUUCACCUUGAAGAUGAGUGACUUAUCCUUCACAAAAUACACGCUACUCAGUGAACGUAUAGGGUUACAAGAGCUGUCCCAAUUUGCAUUGUGGGCUGUAUGUUCCAUUUUAAGUUUGUAUCCAUCUUUUUUGGGUGGUGACUUCAAUAUUUUGUGCACGUUGCAAUCACAAUUACUGCAUUAUCCUUGUUAUAUGUAUGGAUCUACUGCUUGAUUUUACUUUAUUCCUAUAACUCUUUUUGGUAAAGAAUUACUUCAAAUUGGAGUCAUUUAUUGUAUGUAACCAAGGUUAACACACCUGUGAUUGUAGUAAAAGCAAAUAACAUGAGUUGAUUUGGUCAUUACACACAGCCAACAUUUGAUCUUGUUUUUUUUUUUGUCUGUUUUUUCAGUAUUCCCAUUUCCACUUUGACAUAUGAGGCAGAUUAUUUAUGUAUAUAUGUGUGUGUGUGUGUGUAUGUGUGUGUGUAUAUAUAUAUAUAUAUGUAUGUGUGUGUGUGUGUGUGUGUGUGUGUGUAUGUAUGUAUGUAUGUAUGUAUGUAUGUGUGUAUAUAUAUAUAUAUAUAUAUAUAUAUAUAUAUAUAUAAAUAUUUAGUUGUACAAAAUUUAAAAUCUGAAUUGCAAAAUAGCCAAGUAGAAAUAUUUAUUCCUUUUAAGUUAUUGCCUCAAUUUUGUAGUUUGGGAUGUUUCAGAAUAUAGUUUAUAACUCUUCUUGCCUUAUCACCCUUCUGUUUUUCCACGCAUUCAUGUACCCUUACCCAGUGGUGUAUCCUGGUUUUGUGCUGCCCUAGGCAGGACAAAACUCAGGCACCCCCCCUGCUCCGCCUUCUAAAUACACACACACACACACACACACACACACACUGACAGAUACGCAUUCACUAGCUAACAGACACACUCACUAACAGACACACACACACUAACAUACACACACUAACAGGCAAACAGACUCACACACACACUAACAUACACACACACUAACAUACACACACACACUAACACACUCACUUGUGUUUUGUUUUUUUAUUUAACCCCCCCAGCCUCCUUACCUUUGGGAAUGCUUGGGGGGUUCUUCCUCUCCCUGGGGUCCAAUGGCCGGCCGGCGAGGAAGCUCUUCCCCUGAGUGCUCUGCUCAGCUCCCUUGCGCGCCGCCAGCAGAGUGAGGCCGGGAGCCGGAAUAUGACGUCAUAUUCCGGCUCCCAGCCUCCCUCGGCAGCGCGUGAGGGAGCUGAGCAGAGCGCUCAGGGGAAGAGCUCCCUCACCGCCCGCCCGCCCAGUGCGGCAGCUCGGCGUGUCUUUUAGCCGCGAGGCUAACAAGGCAUUUGCCCUGGGCAUUUGGGGGCGGCUUUUUUGCCGCCCCCUGAAAAAUGCCGCCCAAGGCAAAUGCCUUGUUAGCCUCACGGCUAACCGACAUGCCGAGCUGGCGCGGGAGCUCUUCCCCUGAGCGCUCUGCUCAGCUCCUUCGCGCGCCGCCGAGUGAGGCUGGGAGCCGGAAUAUUACGUCAUAUUCCGGCUCCCGGCCUCACUCUGCUGGCGGCGCGCGAGGGAGCUGAGCAGAGCAUUCAGUGGAAGAGCUCCCUCGCCGGCCGCCCGCCCUGCAGCCACAGGACCCCAGGGAGAGGAAGAACCCCCCCAGCAUUCCCAAAGGUAAGGAGGCUGGGGGGGGUUAAAUAAAAAAAAAAAAACACAAGUGUGUGUGUUAGUGUGUGUGUUUGCCUGUUAGUGUGUGUCUAUUAGUGUGUGUGUGUGUUUGCCUGUGAGUGUGUGUGUCUGUUAGUGAGUGUGUGUUUCUGUUAGCAAGUGAAUGCGUAUCUGUCAGUGAAUGUGUGUGUGUGUAUUUAGAAGGCGGAGCAGGGGGGAAGGAUUGGGUGGCGGUUGCGUGGGUGGGGGUAGCGCGGGGGGGGGUGCCUGAGUUUUGUCCUGCCUAGGGCAGCACAAAACCAGGAUUCACCACUGCCUGUGAUUCAAUUACCUUACACAAUGGGUAAUGUAAUUAUAACAAGCAGAGAAAUACAAUUUUUCCACAUUAUUCAUAACUUGAAAAGUAUGCAUCACAUUCACAUAUACUUACAUUUUCAGAAUCAGCAUACUCCAAAUACAAACAUACGUCAAAAUCAUACCAAUUGGUCCAGUGGUUCAAAAGAUAGAUCGUAGUCCUUUGUGACCAAAGGAACCAUGGCUUUUCUGCCCAAAACCAGUUCCACAGAAUCUUCUAUCCUGGAGAUAAUUGGGAAGUAACCCAAUUAUCUCCAAGUACAGAGGCAAAACUCCAUUAAACACAUGGCAGCAAAAGACAAUAAAACACACAAAAACAUAUAACUGUGCAGCCAUUGCACAAAACAGGUACAUUCAACAUAUCCCCAGAUAGCUCAGAUCUGAGCGCACAUUAUUACUGAAUGGCACUCAGAGCACACACAUACAGUUCAAUUGCCAUGGAGCCAAAGUCUUUCCCAUAGUCUUUCAUUAUACGAAUGGGCUUCAUGGCAUAGCUAUCUGGGGUAUCACCGCUCAAACAGGGCAAGCACCAAAUGACCCGGCUUUCAUGUCUUUGCAGGGGAAAAUCAAGCCUUUUAACAUGGGGCCAUAAUCCAAAGGCAACAGGCGAGCAACCAGGCUUCUUCAAUGCAAUGUGGCGAGAUUGGUCUCGUCACAAUCAUCAUCCUAAACCUUUCCUUUUCUUACCUUUGCUGCUCCUACUUGCUUUCUGCCUUUAACCAAUCCUGUCCUUGCAUUCAGCACAGCAAACUACUCCAAGCUGGCUGUGAUAAAGGGGGUAGUUAACCCUUAAAGGACCACUAUAGUGCCACUAUAGGUGCCCCCACCCUCGGGGUUCCCCUCCCGCCGGGCUCUGGGGAGAGGAAAGGGUUAAAUCUUACCUUUUUUCCAGCGCCGGGCGGGGAGCUCUCCUCCUCCUCUUCGGCUGAAUGCGCAUGCGCGGCAGGAGCUGCGCGCGCAUUAAGCCUGUCUCAUAGGAAAGCAUUCAUAAUGCUUUCUUAUGGACGCUUGCAUCUUCUCACUGUGAUUUUCACAGUGAGAAGCACGCAAACGCCUCUAGAGGCUGGAUUAACCCUAUUAUAAACAUAGCAGUUUCUCUGAAACUGCUAUGUUUAUAAAAAAAAAGGGUUAAUCCAAGAGGGACCUGGCACCCAGACCACUUCAUUAAGCUGAAGUGGUCUGGGUGCCUAGAGUGGUCCUUUAAUGUGUUCUGUUCCUAUGGGUCCUACACAUUUCCCACAUAUUCUAAACUCCCUACUGGGAUUGUCUCUAAAACAAGUCGUUGAGGAGCCAGCUCGUAAAGAGGCCAUACUAGAUUUCGUGUUAACAAAUGGAGAUUUGGUAUCAGAUAUUACUGUAGGUGAAAGUUUAGGAUCCUGUGAUCAUCAGUCAGUGUGGUUUAAUAUACAAACAGUGGCUGAGUCACAGCACACAAAAACAAAAGUUUUAGACUUUAGAAAAACAGACUUUUCUAAAAUUAGAAUAUGUGUAAAGGAGUCAUUAUCAGACUGGAUCAAUUUAAAAGGAGUCCAAGAGAUUAUUUAAAAGUUGCACUGCUGAAGGCAACAGAAAAUUGCAUUAGGUUUGUCAGUAAAAGCAAAAAAAUUAGGAAACCACUGUGGUACUCUGCAGACGUGGCCAAAAAAGUAAAAAAUCAAAAAGUUAGCAUUUAGUAAUUAUAAAAAAAAAAGUGAGGAAGAUAGACAGAUCUAUAAGAUUAGGCAGAAAGAGGCUAAGCAAGUUAUAAGUAGACGUGCAAUUCGUUUCGGUCUGAAUGUGAAUUCAGAGGAAUUUCGGGCAAUUCGGAUAUUCGGGUACUUCCGAAUGUCCGAAUUGCCUAAGUGCCGAAUUUCUGAGGUCCCGAAGUUCCGAAAUUACCGAAUUUCCAAAGUGUCGAAGUUCCAAAGUGCUGAAGUGCCGAAGUUGCCAAAGUUCUGAAGCACAGUAUUGCCUAAGUACUAAUAUACUUACCCAGUGAAAGAAGAAGAAUGUUACCUUGUAUACAAUUUUAAAUAAAAAGUAUACAAACAUAGCCAGGAUUCAGUUGUAAGCAUUUGCAACACUUACAACAAUCAAGUAACAUAUAUUCAUAUAAAAUGUAAGUUACUUGACCAGUCAAUGUAAUCACAGGAAUUAAUAAGUAGAUAACUCCCUAAUUUCCAUGAUAUUAGGGAGCUAUCUACUAAAAGGCUGAAAGACCUAAAUUGGUCUUUCAGCCAAAUUUACUAAUACUAAGUAAAGGUUACUUAGUAUUAGUAAAUUAUGCCCCUACUCGUGUACUGCCUGUGGCUGCUCACUGUUAAUAUUUAGGGCCCCCACCCGCCGCUCAGGGGUGAGGACAUUAGGUUCCCCCCCUGAUUAGUAUUCAGGGCCCCCACCUGCCGCUCAGGGGUGGGGGCCGGGGGGAGGACAUUAGGUCCCCCCCUUAUUCCAAUUUAGGGCCCCCACCCGCCGCUCAGGGAUGGGGGCCAGGAGGGAGGACAUUAGGUUCCCCCCCUUAUUAAUAUUUAGGGCCCCCACCCGCCACUCAGGUGUGAGGGCCAGGGGGGAGGACAUUAGGUUCCCCCCCGAUUAGUACUUAGGGCCCCCACCUGCCGCUCAGGGGUGCGGGGCCGGGGGGAACAUUAGGUCCCCCCUUAUUCCAGUUUAGGGCCCCCACCCGCCGCUCAGGGAUGGGGGCCAGGGGGGAGGACAUUAGGUCCCCCCCUUAUUAAUAUUUAGGGCCCCCACCCGCCGCUCAGGGGUGAGGGCCGGGGGGAGGGACAUUAGGUUCCCCGCCUGAUUAGUAUUUUGGGCCCCCACCUGCUGCUCAGGGGUGGGGGCCAGGGGGAGGAUAUUAGGUAAUCAAAAAAACAAAACAAAAUAAAAAAUGUACCAAGUAAAAGAUAAAAAUGUCCUUUUGAGGUUUUAAAAGUCUUCAAAUAUUGAAUAAAAUGUCUCCGGAGUGGUAUCACACAUAAAUGGCAUAUGCAAAAAAAGAAAAUAGGAGACCAAUAGUGCAGUAUUGUAAGUCUCUGGACUACAGACAUUGCCAACUCACGUUUUUCUGAGCUAUAACCAGCUCUCGGUAAAACAGCAUACAGUGGUAUUUCAACUCCCCACUUGUAGGAUAUCCCUCAGACGGUAGUUGUAGUGUAGUUUAUAUGCAAUUAAAGAAAAAAAAAGCUUAUUCCAAUUUAGGGCCCCCACCCGCCACUCCUGAAGGUAAUUGGUUACAACAGAGCUUUUUAUGGGCUUCAUAACAAAGGGCGUGAAUAUAUACAUACAUGCCAAUUUUCUGUUUUCUAUUUCUAAAAAAUAGUUUUAUGUAUAUAGGUAAAUUUUUUACUCAUUUCACUUCACCAACUUAGACUAUUGUGUUCUGAUCCAUCACAUAAAAUUCAGAUUACUAAAACACUGAACUUAAGGCUGUAAUGUUACAAAAUGGGUAAAAAGUCGAGGGGGUGAUUACUUUUGCAAGGCACUGUACAGAUGAAAAUGCAGUAAAGGGGCAUCAGUUAUGGAAAAGGACAAAUGAGUAAUUUGUUACAUGUGUCACUAUACCCCACUCCCUCUAGCAUGUAAGCUCAUCGAGCAGGGCCCUCAAACCCCUCUGUUCCUGUACGUCAGUGGUCUGAUCUCAAUUAUGUGUCUGUUAGUCCACCCAUUGUACAGCGCUACGGAAUUUGUUGGCGCUAUAUAAAUAAUAAAAUAAUAAUAAUAAUAAUGUGAGUUUACAGAGGAAGAGGUUCUAUUUCAACUGUCAAAAGUAAAGACAAAUAAGUAAAUGGGAUAGAACACAAAAAGCAAGGGUGGAACAGCGCUACAAUAACUGAUCAGGCUGCUCACCUGAAUUGGAAGGUAACCCUCAAAACCUUCAAGGAUAAAUAUAACAAAAAUAAAUACAAUAUUGUGGUAAGUAAUCAAAAAAACAAAACAAAAUAAAAAAUGUACCAAGUAAAAGAUAAAAAUGUCCUUUUGAGGUUUUAAAAGUCUUCAAAUGUUGAAUAAAAUGUCUCCGGAGUGGUAUCACACAUAAAUGACAUAUGCAAAAAAAAGAAAAUAGGAGACCAAUAGUGCAGUAUUGUAAGUCUCUGGACUAUAGUCAUUGCCAACUCACGUUUUUCUGAGCUAUAACCAGCUCUCGGUAAAACAGCAUACAGUGGUAUUUCAACUCCCCACUUGUAGGAUAUCCCUUAGACGGUAGUUGUAGUGUAGUUUAUAUGCAAUUAAAGAAAAAGAAAGCUCAUAGUGCUCUCCAUAUUUGCAAAUAUGUAAUAGUAAAAUUAAUGUACUUACAAUUUUGAGAGCAGACAAAUCGCUCUAUGGUAACAGCGUGGGUGGAACAAUCUCCACCUAGGAUACUUUUGAUGAUGGACCUGAUGUGUAUGGGAAAUAGGUUGCACCAGGUAAAAAUAAAAUUAAAUUGUAUAAAAUACUGCCCCAAACAAAUAGGUAGUCUAUAAAUCUUGCUUUUAUUUAAACAAAUAAUGAGAAAAUCACAAUGCGUUUCGCCCUAUUAGGCUUUUUCAAGUGAGAUAGGGCAGGAAUUUUUCCCAAUCCUUUUGAGUUGCUUCAAAGGUACUGAGAAUUUGCUUCAACGUACCAUUGAAGCGCUUGCACAGGCCAUUGGUCUAGGGGUGGUAAGGGGAGCUCAGAAUCAGUUUAAUGCCGUAUAACUUCCACAGUUGGUGGGUCAUUUUGGCAGUAAGUUAGAUGCCCUGGUCCGAGAGUAUCUCCUGGGGAAAACCCAUCCAGGAGAACACUUGCAUCAGGGCUUCAGCCACAGUCUCUGCCCGAUUAUUGCUCAGGGCUACUGCCUUGGGAUACCAAGUUGUGUAGUCCUCGAGGGUGAGAAUGUACUUCUUCCAAAGGCUUAGCUAGGGGACCUAUGAUAUUGACAGCUACUCUGCCGAAUGGAGCAGGGCCUUGUAUCGGUCCCAAUGGUCCCCCCACUCUCUGGCAGACAUCGCAGGUCUGGCAGUAUUGCCUCAAAUCCUUGGAGAUGCCUGGCCAGAAGAAGCUUUGGGUAAGUUGAAAUGCCAUACGACUCCUUCCCAAAUGCGCUGCCAAGGGGAUAUCGUGAGCUAUCUCAGCAGCUCACACCGAUAUUUCUUGGGUGCCACCAACUGCUUGGUGGUAGUAGGAGCUGUAGCAUCGUUUUUUUUUUCUAGGCUAUGUGGUAUAACCACCCCCCCUCCCAGGGGUACCACUCCCCCUUUUUCCCUACCUCCCCCGUGUCUUUAAGACCCUAUAGGGUCAGGUCGGGUCAGAUGUUACCUCCCUCUCAAUGUCCACUGGGGUAUCCCAGGGGAUGGGACCGAGGUAGGGAUAGGAUCCCGGGGUUCUGUGGCCAGGUAAUACGGGUGGCCUGAGUGUAGGGACAGGAAUGGCGCCUAGUGGAAGGGGGACAGACACGGGGGGCUCCUCUAUAGUGCCGUCUAUAGGACCUUGGGGUAUGGGAAGGGGUACGUGUGCCUACCUGAGCAAGUGUGAGUGGGCACGAAGGUGGAGAUGAGGGGUCCUAGGUCAUUGCCGAGUAGCACCUCAGCAGGGAGCUGGUCCAUGAGUCCUACUUCUACUUGCCGGUCUCCGGUGCCCCAAUCAAGGUGGACAUAGGCGGUGGGCAGGUUGUAGACAUUGCCCACGGCCACUUGGACAGCUACUGUUCCUCCAUUCUGGUCAGCUUCAGCGACAAGCUGGCUUUGGACGAGAGUCAGAGUGGCCCCGGGACCUCACGUCCGUUCAACUUGACGGGAUGUCGGGGGUGUGCCCUGUUGCCGUGGGCAGCCUAAAUGGGGUUGGCCUCAUGUAGGACGGGGUAGGCAUCUUCACUGGGGAAUAUGUAACUCGUGGGGACAGCCUGGUAGGAGUGUGCAGCGGCCCUUGGGGUUGUCGGACCACGGGGCAAAGCCAGCGGGUGUUAUUCAGCUGGGGGCAUUCCUUCUUGUAGUGGCCAGGCUAUUGGCAGUGGAAACAUGGUGAUGCUGGUUGGGCCCUCAUCCUCUUUGGCUGUGGGGCAUAGGGGAGAUCGGUGGGGAACAGGGGCAGCUGGGCGCUGGGGCCGGCGGGUAUCGACAUAUUCAUCGGCCUGCUGCGCUACCUCGGUAAUGGUCUUGGACUGUCUGUCUCUAACCCAUUCUUGUACUUCAUUGGGGAGCCCAUUAUAAAAGUGUUCCAGCAGGAAGAGCUUGGUGAUCUCCUCCGACACUUGGCUUGUUGGGAAUUGAGCCAGUUCUGGGUGGCCCUCGUGUAAUGCGGCAUGCACAUUCCGAAUGGGAGUCCUUUUCCCCUUUCCUGGUCUCCCUGAACUUUCGGCACUAAUGCUCGGAGGUGACCGCAUUCCUGGCCAGUAGGAUCCUUUUGAUGAAGGCAAAGUCCCGGAUCUUGUCCUCCGGGAACUUGCUAGCCAGGAUGGUGACCUAGUCAGUGGGGUCGACUGCUUGUAGCAGGCACUGGUGCUCAAAGUCUUGUAGGAAGUCGUCAAUGCCUUCCUCUACUCCCAUUAAUUCUUUGAAAGCGUUGUACAGUAGUUUGUGGGCCAGAGCUGCUGUGCUUCCUGGUGACCUCUCCUCUGCCCUUCUUUCAUCUGGGUUUGUGGAGGUUGCCCUAUUCCUCUUGGCAAGGACAUAGGCUUGCACCUCAGAAAAAAAUCCUAUUCAUGGAUUCCUCUGAGGGUGGCUCUUUGUAAUAUGUCAGUCACCGGGCCAUCUCCUUGUGUACUUCAUCCUCUUCUCCGGCCCCUAGCUGGAGGGUAGCUGCCUCAUUGCGUGUAAGGUUGUUUUCCAUGAGUGUCAAUUCUGCCUUGUUACAACUGCCAGGAGUUAUCCCUCUUGCUUCACACAAAUCUUGUAAUGUUGGUCGUAUUAGAGACGUAUAAUCCAAGGGAAAAUCGUGGGCAUAACACAUAGCAAUUCACUAAUAGGCAGCGGUCACGCCACAAGAGGUUAACACAGUAAAGGAGUUUAAAGGAACACUGUAGUCACUAUAACCACUUUGUCUCUUUGAAUUGGUCAUAGUGCCUGGAGUGGCCUGGCACUGUCUCUCCAUUCAGUGUUGCACCAUGUUUGUGCAGUAUGCCACAAAAUAAGAGUCCCUGGCCACCCACAGGCCGGCCCCUUCUGUAUGUGUAGCUAAGGCAGAGAUUACACACUUCCUUGUUGUCAUACCCAUUCAUACCGUCAGUUGGAGCUCUGACAGGUUAAAAGCAGUCAGCUGACACUCUCAGCCAAUCACAGCUGCCCAUUGCCUCUCAGGGUAAUACUUCCUUAUUAGCCAAAGCAGCACAGAGGGGAUAGACUGCCGUGGACUCUUGUUUAGCAUUAAAACAUUACAACAUUAAAAACUAUUUAAUGCUGAAAGAAAUGAUGGUACCAGGGGACUCCAGACACUAUAACCAGUUUAAUGAGAUGAAGCAGAUACAGAGCCUACGUUGUCCCUUUAAGCAUGCAUGGGAUAGGCAUAAAUCUAUCCUAGCUAUAAGAUAAGGCCAAGGACUAAUUAAAUUAUUUAGAAAAGUGGGCAGACUAGAUGGUUCUUAUCUGCCGUCACAUUCUAUUUUUCAAUGUUAGCAUAGGUAAGAUACCACAUCACAAUGAUCAACGGUUUCACUGAACUGCGUAUAUUUCCAGAUAAGCGACAUGUCUUGCUAUUACAGGGAUGUUUAGCUAGGCAACAACUUAUCAUCAAUCAAAUGGUGUGGCACCUUCGUAACAACUUAGGUGGUUGGGUAGGAUAAAGAAAGAAGAAAGGGAAGGGUAGGGUGCAAAGAAGUAGAAAAAGGUGGCGCCACAGAGAUAAUAUGUACAAUUAAAGCCCUAAGGGGAGAAAUGCGUUGUGGAAAUUGUAACUAACUGUAUUUUAAUAAAGGUAUUUUGGCCAGGUUUUUUGUUGUGAGUUAGCCAUUUUAUCUUUUUUACCAUUAUUAUUAUUUUAUUACCUGGCAUCUGAGUUUUACUUGUUUCAGAGAAAUACUACUCCAAAGCAUCCUUGGUGUUGAUUAUACAACUUACGCCCUAUCAUUAAGCAGUGCAUCUGCCCAAUUAAAUGUGAGUAACCAUUUGGUAUUUUUAUACACUCUCCUGGUUUUAUCACAGUGAGCACUAUUGUUGUUUUUUAUGUUACAUAUGGUCCCCAUCUGACGAGAUAUCUACUUACAACACUCCCUUAUGCAUCCCAUAAGUGGGGAUUACACUGUACGCUGUUUAUACUAGAGCUAGUUUUUAGCUCUCAAAAACGUGAGUAAGACCAUAUAGACCUUUUUUAUUGGCUGCAACCUAUUUGGGUUUUAUUGCACUAUUAGUUUUCUUUUCUUCUCUUUUAUACAGAUCCCAUGAACCCCCUGAUCCCACUACUCCAUAGACGUCUCUACCUCAGAUAGAACUGUGAUUGUUUUCUCAUCCCAAGGUUUUAUUGGACUCUUUUUGGACUGUUCUUUAUAUAUAUAAACUAUACUAUAUAUACAUACCUAUUAUGUUUUAUUGUUCUCUCUCUCUGUAUUAUAUAUCAUUGUUUAUUUCUAUAUUAUUACUUGCUUAUAUUUAAUUGUACAUAUUAUCUCUGUGGUGCCACCUUUUUUCUACUUCUUUAUACCUAUAUAACUAUAGGGCCUGUGAGGGAGCCCUAUCCUUUAGGUGUGCUGCGUUUAUUUAAGUUUUUAAGUGCUGAUCCUUCUGUACACUUUUCAAGGGUAGGGUGCAGUCUAUAAUUUUAAUGGUAGGUGUAUUUUAACAGUGAGAGACAGAAUAACAAAAAAAAAAAAAAAAUCCAGAAAAAUGCAUGUCACAAAAGUUAUAAAUUGAUUUGCCUGUCAAUGAGUGAAAUAAGUAUCCCUUAUCAAUCAGCAAGAUUUCUGACUCCUUGGUGUCUUUUAUACAGGUAACAAACUGAGAUUUUUGGAUCAACAGCAAAAAACAAAUGUGAGGAAGGCUGAACUUGAUGGAUGCAAGUCUCUUUUCAGCUAUGUACUUAUAUGUGAUUAGGAGCACUCUCUUAAAGAUAGGUAUAAACACAUGUCCACAGAAGCAAUUAAUCCAUCAGAUUCCAAACUCUCCACCAUUUCCAAGACCAAAGAGCUGUCCAAGGAUGUCAGGGAAAAUAUUGUAGACCUACACAACGCUGGAAUAGGCUACAAGACCAUCACCAAGAACCAAGUGGUGUCACCCAUUUAGCAUGUUUGGGAUGCUGUGGAUCGGCGUAUACAACAGCAUAUUCCUGGUCCUGCCAAUAUCCUGCAACUUCGCACAGCCAUUGAAGAGGAGUGGACCAACAUUCCACAGGCAACAAUCAACAACCUGAUCGACUCUAUGCGAAGGAGAUGUGUUGCACUGCGUGAGGCAAAUGGUGGUCACACCAGAAAUUGACUGGUUUUGGACCCCCAGACCCAGCUACACAGUAAAACUGCACAUUCUAGAGUGGCCUUUCAUUGUGGCGAGCCGAAGGCACACCUGUGCAAUAAUCAUGCUGUCUAAUCAGCAUCUUGAUAUGCCAAACCUGUGAGGUGGGUGGAUUAUCUUGGCAAAGGAGAAGUGCUCACUAACACAGAUUUAGACAGAUUUGUGAACAAUAUUUGAGAGAAAUAGGCCUUUUGUGUACAUAGAAAAAGUCUUAGAUCUUUGAGUUCAGCUUAAGGUUACUGGUUUGCUAUUGUGGCUUGGUGGUGCUUGGGAAACCCCUUCCACCUGAAGCCUGUGGAUAGUUAAUACAAUGUUAACGAAAAUCUGCACAUCAGUCCAGUUAUAAGACUUGCUUUUCCCACAGAAAUCACAAAUGCGCAGUGAUGUUACUACCGCAAAGGAUUCUGGGUGGGCAUAUUCAAAUUAGUUUAACAAAGAAUCACAAUUUUUGUUUAACAUUGUAUUAACUCUCCACAGACUUCAGGUGGAAGGGGUUUUCAAUCACAACUGUUUUCCCUACCAUAACCUUUUUGGUUUUUGCUUCCCAAGCACCACUUCAAUGUGCCUACACAUAUACAGACCCAUAUAUAUGUAUAUGUAUUGACACUCCAUUAAACACCACAAAGAAGUAUCCUACUGCACUCCUGUGGGACACCAUUUUACUCAGCCUGGCCACUCAAUCAAGGACCUACAAAUCAAAGUACUGAAAAGAGAUCUUAACCCAUUAACGCUGUUACGGCGUUCUAUGCCGUCCCCAUUUAAAAGGGCUUUAAAGCCGUUGCGGCGGCAUAGAACGCCGUAACGGCUGCAGCCCCCAGAGCGCCCGGGAUACUUACCUUCCUGGCGCUUCGCUUCAGGAGGACUGCCUGACAGCCCAGGCAGCCCUCCCAUGGCAAAAGAAGCCCCCGGGGGCCAUGUAAUCGCUCUCAAAGAGCUAUCACAUGGCCCCCUAUAGCUGGCUGUGGAUCUGCCAGCAGGGGGGCUGUCUGAAAUGUCAGACAGUCCCCCUGCUGGUAGGAAAGUAAAAAAAAAAUUAUUAAACAUUUUUAAAAAUAAAAUAGAAAUGUAUUUUUAUAUAUAUAAAUAUAUAAUAUAUGCAUAUAUAUUAUAUAUAUAAUAUAUAUACAUAUUAAAUAUAUGUAACGUCAUACAAAGUGUAUUUUAAUACUAAUAUAAGUACAUAUAUUAGUAUUAAAAUACACUUAGAAUGACGGUACAUAUAUAUAAUAUAUAUUAUAUAUAAUAGAUAUAUAUACACAUAUAUUAUAUAUAUAUAUAUAUAUAUAUAUACGUAUAUAUAUAUAUAUAUAUAUAUAUAUAUACAGAAAAUAUAAAAUAGAGACAGCGCUGGUUAACUAACAGGCAGCAACCUUAAAAAAGGGGAACCCUCCAAACCCUUUUAAAACAAGACAGGUUAAAACAACAAUAAAAAAAGGCUGCGUCACAAUGAAAAUAAAAAUACAAUAAAAAGUCCAAUAUAAAAAUGAGAAUCCAACUUGAGUGUCCUUACGGGUGAUCUUUAUAACAGAAAGUGCAAUAGUGGAGUCUUCAUAGACUGUAUUAGUUCCACUUAUGUAGAAGACAAAAAAGAGAGAGAGGGACGACCAAUAGUGCAGUAUUGUAUAAUUCCAAUAGUGACGUACUUAGAGUUUAUAGUAGAGAACUCAAAUUUGGUAGAGCUUAUGUCCAGCUCUAGGAUAAAAGUGCAUGCAGCGGUAUAAUCCCCGCUUGUAGGAUAUGUCGUGGGUAUCUCUCCGUCAGUGGUGUCCAACUCUCAAAUACGAAAAAGAAAAGACAGCCGAUAGUGCUCACUGUAUAGUAGUCUUAAUAUAAAUAGAUAAAAACGUACUUACAAAUGAGGAGCAGACCAGCUGCUCUUGUGUAUCAGCAUAGGUGGAUUGAUCCCCAAAUGGUUAAAAAUCCAAAAGAGGAGUGAAUAAAAUAGUAAUAAAUAAAAUACAAAAAAAUAAUAGAAUAAUAAUAAAAAGCCAGGUAAGAGAAUGUGUAUAUAAAACUAUAAAAAAGAAAAUUUGGAGCAAAUUUGGAGCAAAUGAAUAACCAAAAAUUACUUUUAAUAUUAAAAUACACAAUAUAACAUAUCCAUAACGCGUUUCAUCAACAGACUUUAUCAAAAUGGAAUAGCAUACAAUACCUGGCUUAGUUUGAAUUAUAUAGGAGUGUGGGUGAUUCAGAUUUGGCGCCAAAAUUGAUCCGUCCAAUUAGAAUUCAGAUUUUUAUGGCGAUAUUAAAACACAUAAAAACCUCAUGUAAUGCAUAAUAUAUGCUGUAUAGACAUGGUUAAUGUACACGAAUAAUAAAAACGAGGGUUAAAAAUACUUAAAUUUAGCGAUUUAAAAUUGACACGUGACGCGCGGCACUUCCGGUUUUCGGACACAUUGCCGCAAAGCCUCAUGGGAGGUGUAGUUUAGUGGCCGCAAAUGCUGGCCAUAAAUAUAAGCAACAGCCAUCUUGGAGGGGGCAAAGAAUAGUAAUAAGUGUGGCCAUAUUGAGAGGGGCAUUAUAGGCAAAAGUAGCAUAUAGUAAUUAUACACAUGUAAAUAUUAGGAUACUAUGGGACAAUGGGACUACAAAAAGGAUAUACUCUAUAUAUAUAAAUAGUAUGCCAUUAAAAUAAGGAUGAAAAAAGAUAACAGAAAAUAUAAAAUAUAAAAUAUAUAAAAAUGUAAUACAUAACAUAUAACAUAUAUAAUAUAUAAUACAUAAUAUAUAAUAUACAUAAAAACAAUAUGGAAAAACAACAGGAUAAAAGGCAUGUGUAUAAUACAGACAUAUUGGUUAUCUAGUGGUUACAGAAAAUUAUGAAGAUCAAAAUCUGCAUUGAGGCCAUGGGGUAUAAGAGUUUUAAGAUUAUACACCCAUUCCAUUUCUAUUUUUCCAAGUACUUUUUUUAUGUCUCCUCCACGCCAGGGGGUAGAACAUUUUUUUAUGCCCAUACAUUUUAAUAAUUUUGGGUCUUUGUUGUGCUUAAUAAAAUGUUUGGAUACUGUAUGAUUUACGUAUCCAUUUUUAAUAUUUCUGCAAUGUUCGCUCAAUCUAGUUUUUAAGCACCUUGUGGUCAUCCCCACAUAUUGGAGACCACAUGGGCAUUCGAGCAGAUAAAUAAAAAUUUUUUGUGUUGCAGCCGAUAAAAUCAUAAAUGUUAUACACUUUAUUAGUCCUAUUGGACAUAAACUGAGUGACCUUAGAUGGAGUGGACGAAUCUGUAGUUCUACACACUAUACAUUGUUUACAUUUGUAAAAGCCUUUUAUCUGAGGGAAAAAAUAGAAAUUAUUAACAGGGGAUACAUGGGUAAAAUUGGUAGUUAAAAUGGAUUUAAAAUUGGGGGCACCUCUAAAAACAAUAUUUGGCUGAUGAGGUAAAAUUGGAUUAAGAAUAUCGUCUUCUUUGAAUAUGUGCCAGUGUUUUUUAUUAUUUUUUUAACUUUGUUACUUUUGUUGUUAAAAUUAAAAAUAACAGGAAGGGAUAUUGCUUCAUCUUUUUCUUUAUUUUUGUAAACCAGAAGAUCUUUACGUUCUUUUUCUUUGACUGUAUUAAUUGUAUUAUUAAGAUCUGACUCUAAAUAUCUUUUUUCCAUAAAUUUAUUUUUUAAAAUAUUAGCUUGUUCAUUAAAAUCUGUUACUUCUGAACAAUUCCUACGAAGACGUAGGAAUUGGCUUUUGGGGGCACUCUCAAGCCAGGGCUUGUAGUGACAACUGGUUUUAUCAAUAGCCGUGUUAACACAUACCUUUUUAAAAAAUGUUUUUGUGUGGAGUUGUCCUUCCUUAAUAAAAAUAUUAAGGUCUAAAAAGUUUAUAGAUUCUUUACUAUAUUCAUGUGUGAGGAUAAUACGCCUAUUGUUAGUAUUAAGAUCGUUAAUAAAAGCAAUAAGAGUAUCUUCUGGUCCUUCCCAGAUAAAAAACAGAUCAUCUAUAUAUCUAAAAUAUGAGACUAGGUUCGCCCGCCAGACAUGGUUGCCCCAGACAGCUUCAGAUUCCCAGUCCGCCAUAAAUAAAUUGGCAUAGCUGGGUGCAAACCUAGUACCCAUAGCGCUACCCCUCUUUUGAAGCUAAAAAGAAUCUAAAAACCAAAAAUAAUUAUUUUUUUCAAAUUAUAUUUAUUCCUUCUAUUAUAAAAUCAAUCUGAAUGGCAGGAAUAUUACCUUCAAGAGUAAGGAUCCUUUUAAUAGCCUGGCAUCCAAUAUCGUGAGGGAUGAUUGUAUAAAGAGACUGGACGUCACGGGUAACUAAUAUAAAAUUGGGUUUACAAAUAAAAUUGUUUAAAAAAUGUAAAAGUGACAUAGAGUCUUUUAAAUAAGAUUUCAUUAAUUUAACUGAAGGUUGAAGGAGGGUGUCUGUGUAUUGAGAAAGGUGACAUAAAAGAGAGCCAAUCCCAGAGACAAUGGGUCUCCUUGGGGGGAUGGUUUUCAUCUUUGUGGAUUUUUGGAAGGAAAUAAAUAACAGGAGUAAUGGGAAAUUCUUUGUUUAAAAAUUUAAAUUCUUGUUUGUUUAAAAUAUUUAUGUUAAGCCCUUUGUUUAAAAAAGUAGAUAAAAUGAUUUGUAUAUUUUUUUGUAGGAUCAGAGAGAAGUUUUUUAUAUACAUUUUUAUCUUCUAGUUGCCUUAGAGCUUCAUCAAUAUACAUUUUACUGGAUUGUAUAACUACUCCGCCACCUUUAUCGGCUGAUUUUAUGACAAUAUCUUUGUCCUCUUGAAGUUCUUUUAUAGCCUUCCUUUCAGCAUUAGUUAAAUUAUUUGCAUCAUACUUGUUGUAUUUGAUUUUUUCAAGGUCCUUUUGGACAAAUUUUUCAAAUAAAAUCAAAGGGGCAGAUUUACAGUAUGAUGGAUAAAACUUAGAUUUUUCUUUAAGAUGUGGACUCCGCCACCUUUAUCGGCUGAUUUUAUGACAAUAUCUUUGUCCUCUUGAAGUUCUUUUAUAGCCUUCCUUUCAGCAUUAGUUAAAUUAUUUGCAUCAUACUUGUUGUAUUUGAUUUUUUCAAGGUCCUUUUGGACAAAUUUUUCAAAUAAAAUCAAAGGGGCAGAUUUACAGUAUGAUGGAUAAAACUUAGAUUUUUCUUUAAGAUGUGUGUUUAUAAAACCAUUGACUUGUGGUAAAGGCAAUUUACCAUUUGUGGUAAAAAAAGUGGCAAUUUCCCAUUUGAGCUUAAUUUCUGUAGCAAGUGCUUUUUCUAGCUUAAUAAACAGUUCUUGUUGGUUAGAAUUAUGAGGUAUUGUUUGAAUAGAAUUAAUUACUUCUGUAUUGAAUACAUUAUUUACAUCAAUUGUAUAUUUGUUCCUAAAUUCAAAGAUAGACAUAUUGGCUUAGUUAAAAAGCAGCUAUCUCAAGAGGGAAUAUGAGUCAUAAUAGAGAAAAUAUAAAAUAGAGACAGCGCUGGUUAACUAACAGGCAGUUUGCCACUUUUUGCCACUUUUAAAAAAUAUAUAGAUGAGCAAAUUACCCCCCGUGGCUUAAGACUUUUAAAACUACCUACCUCAGAUCAAGAUGAUCUCGAAUUUAUGGAGGAAUGGAACAACAAAUUAGAAUUAUGCACUUUUGGUUUGAUGGAAACCUUAAUUAUAAAAAAAAAAAGUAAAAAAUUGUCUAUUUUAGACAUUGAAAUAAAUGAACUUAGAGAGAAACUUUUACCUUUUACAGAUACAAAGGCAUAUAAACAAAAUUGUAUUCUCAUUCAGAAUAAAAUCGAAAAAGUUGAAGUAGAUACUAAACAUAUUAAAAUCAAAAAAUACAUCAGAGAUAAAACUGAUUAUUCCAACAAACAAGUUAGGACUUACCACCUCAAAAAGAAGUACACUUCUGAUAAUUAUUCCUCCAAAACCAACUAUUAUGAUCACCAAUAUGCCCACACUCACUCCUACAACAACAACCAACCACCUUCCAAAUAUCACAAUUUUGUGUCACGGAAAUCUCACUAUCAAUCUCCCUCCAUAGUGAGACCCACCAAAAACCCAGCUCAGUAUCACCAUGUCUCAUCCAAAUUAUUGUAUCCCACCACCAUCACCAAUCAAUUACCUUCAUAUAAACAAAAGAAAUCAUUUCACUACACUCACAAUCCUGUACCUCAAUCCCCUAAAUAUCACUAUUCCUCUGGUCCUAAAUUUUCACCCAAACCUCAAAGAUCACGAUACACUAAUGACUAUCACAAAUAUUCUAACUAUUCCAAAUCACCUCCUAUUCCUAACCACUCCAACAGAUAUCAGUUACUGUCAGUAGAUUCUGAUUUCGAUAACGAGGACCAUUUUUUAGAAAUACGUACCCACAAACCCGCACUAGCCCAGACACCACAUCCGUCACGUUCCCAAAAACGAAUUUUAAGUUUAGAGGAAGACGAAGUGGAAGACGGGAACAAAAGGGAAAGACUAGAAAGACAAUAAUAUCUUCCCAAGAUCCCUGCAGUGGUAUUUUUAACCUAUCACAAGAAGUUUUAUCAGCUGCUCAAUUAUCUGUUUUAAGUAAGGGUCUUAAAUUUGCCCCUACUUCCUCUUUUAGUCCUUUCCAGGCCUUCCUUGAUGUAAAUAAAUUUGUUCGCAAAGCCACAUUAAAAAGAUUUUUUAUUAGCAAAACAGACGACACACCAAUUUCUACCCCUUUACCACAAGUCAAUGGUUUUAUAAACACACAUCUUAAAGAAAAAUCUAAGUUUUAUCCAUCAUACUGUAAAUCUGCCCCUUUGAUUUUAUUUGAAAAAUUUGUCCAAAAGGACCUUGAAAAAAUCAAAUACAACAAGUAUGAUGCAAAUAAUUUAACUAAUGCCGAAAGGAAGGCUAUAAAAGAACUUCAAGAGGACAAAGAUAUUGUCAUAAAAUCAGCCGAUAAAGGUGGCGGAGUAGUUAUACAAUCCAGUAAAAUGUAUAUUGAUGAAGCUCUAAGGCAACUAGAAGAUAAAAAUGUAUAUGAAAAACUUCUCUCUGAUCCUACAAAAAAACAUACAAAUCAUUUUAUCUACUUUUUUAAACAAAGGGCUUAACAUAAAUAUUUUAAACAAACAAGAAUUUAAAUUUUUAAACAAACAAUUUCUCAUUACUCCUGUUAUUUAUUUACUUCCAAAAAUCCACAAAGAUGAAAACCAUCCCCCAGGGAGACCCAUUGUCUCUAGGAUUGGCUCUCUUUUAUGUCACCUUUCUCAAUACAUAGACACCCUCCUUCAACCUUCAGUUAAAUUAAUGAAAUCUUAUUUAAAAGACUCUAUGUCACUUUUACAUUUUUUAAACAAUUUUAUUUGGAAACCCAAUUUUAUAUUAGUUACCCGUGACGUCCAGUCUCUUUAUACAAUCAUCCCUCACGAUAUUGGAUGCCAGGCUAUUAAAAGGAUCCUUACUCUUGAAGGUAAUAUUCCUGCCAUUCAGAUUGAUUUUAUAAUAGAAGGAAUAAAUAUAAUUUGAAAAAAAUCAUUAUUUUUGGUUUUUAGAUUCUUUUUAGCUUCAAAAGAGGGUAGCGCUAUGGGUACUAGGUUUGCACCCAGCUAUGCCAAUUUAUUUAUGGCGGACUGGGAAUCUGAAGCUGUCUGGGGCAACCAUGUCUGGCGGGCGAACCUAGUCUCAUAUUUUAGAUAUAUAGAUUAUCUGUUUUUUAUCUGGGAAGGACCAGAAGAUACUCUUAUUGCUUUUAUUAACGAUCUUAAUACUAACAAUAGGGGUAUUAUCCUCACACAUGAAUAUAGUAAAGAAUCUAUAAACUUUUUAGACCUUAAUAUUUUUAUUAAGGAAGGACAACUCCACACAAAAACAUUUUUUAAAAAGGUAUGUGUUAACACGGCUAUUGAUAAAACCAGUUGUCACUACAAGCCCUGACUUGAGAGUGCCCCCAAAAGCCAAUUCCUACGUCUUCGUAGGAAUUGUUCAGAAGUAACAGAUUUUAAUGAACAAGCUAAUAUUUUAAAAAAUACAUUUAUGGAUAGAAAAAAAAAAAAGAUAGAAGCAAUAUCCCUUCCUGUUAUUUUUAAUUUUAACAACAAAAGUAACAAAGUUAAAAAAAAUAAUAAAAAACACUGGCACAUACUCAAAGAAGACGAUAUUCUUAAUCCAAUUUUACCUCAUCAGCCAAAUAUUGUUUUUAGAGGUGCCCCCAAUUUUAAAUCCAUUUUAACUACCAAUUUUACCCGUGUAUCCCCUGUUAAUAAUUUCUCUUUUUUCCCUCAGAUAAAAGGCUUUUACAAAUGUAAACAAUGUAUAGUGUGUAGAACUACAGAUUCGUCCACUCCAGCUAAGGUCACUCAGUUUAUGUCCAAUAGGACUAAUAAAAUGUAUAACAUUUAUGAUUUUAUCGGCUGCAACACAAAAAAUGUUAUUUAUCUGCUCGAAUGCCCAUGUGGUCUCCAAUAUGUGGGGAUGACCACAAGGUGCUUAAAAACUAGAUUGAGUGAACAUUGCAGAAAUAUUAAAAAUGGAUACGUAAAUCAUACAGUAUGCAAACAUUUUAUUAAGCACAACAAAGACCCAAAAUUAUUAAAAUGUAUGGGCAUAAAAAAAUGUUCUACCCCCUGGCGUGGAGGAGACAUAAAAAAACUACUUGGAAAAAUAGAAAUGGAAUGGGUGUAUAAUCUUAAGACUCUUAUACCCCAUGGCCUCAAUGCAGAUUUUGAUCUUUAUAAUUUUCUAUAACCAAUAGAUAACCAAUAUGUCUGUAUUAUACACAUGCCUUUUAUCCUGUUGUUUUUCCAUAUUGUUUUUAUGUAUAUUAUAUAUUAUGUAUUAUAUAUUAUGUAUUAUAUAUUAUAUAUUUUAUAUGUUAUGUAUUACAUUUUUAUAUUUUAUAUUUUAUUUUAUCUUUUUUUUAUCCUUAUUUUAAUGGCAUACUAUUUAUAUAUAUAUAUAUAGAGAGAGUAUAUCCUUUUUAUAGUCCCAUUGUCCCAUAGUAUCCUAAUAUUUACAUGUGUAUAAUUACUAUAUGCUACUUUUGCCUAUAAUGCCCCUCUCAAUAUGGCCACACUUAUUACUAUUCUUUGCCCCCUCCAAGAUGGCUGUUGCUUAUAUUUAUGGCCAGCAUUUGCGGCCACUAAACUACACCUCCCAUGAGGCUUUGCGGCAAUGUGUCCGAAAACCGGAAGUGCCGCGCGUCACGUGUCAAUUUUAAAUCGCUAAAUUUAAGUAUUUUUAACCCUCGUUUUUAUUAUUCAUGUACAUUAACCAUGUCUAUACAGCAUAUAUUAUGCGUUACAUGAGGUUUUUAUGUGUUUUAAUAUCUGUUACGGUACCUCCAGUACUGAAAUGUACAAACCGCCGUUUAGCGAGUAUUCCCUGUUCGCAAUAAUGUGGUCGGGUAGCGGGUAUAAUAAAACCAUGCGAACCGCCAGUCAGGGAACACUCCAAACUCCCGAACGGUACCUGUACGGCUAAUUCCCUUCACGAGCUGCAAAUCCACGAACGGCAAUUAGUAACCGAACGACAAUAUCUCCCAAGCGGCAAAUAAUCCAAAUAAGCAGUCUCUCGCCGCUGGUAUCCAAAUCCCCCCAAUAACGAGACCAAGCUCCGCUUUGAGGGUAAAACACGAACUGAUUUACUGUGGGCUACCUGCCCGGUAUUUAUGCAGGUCUCCCACUUGGUGGACACUCCCCUAGGGGACCAAAUGGGAGACUGAAAUCACAGAGGGACAUGGGGACAUUUUGGACAUACAUCCCCACAAUAUUCCCAGCAUGCAUCACAGUUCCCUCCCCUCUGCUCGAGGGAUAAUUGGGAAGUAACUCAAUUAUCUCCCCGAGCAGAGGCAAUCGCCAUUUUAAACACAAGUCACAAAAACACAUGAAAAUCCAUAACUUCAUAACUGCCGAACAUAUUACAUUUGUAUUGCAUAUCCCCAGAUAGCCUGGAUCUGAGGGCACAUUAUUGAAGAAUAGCGCUCAGAUCCCAUUCGCACAGUUCAAUCGCCAUGGAGUCAAAGUCUCUUUCAGUUCGUCGGUAUGCGAUUGACUCCAUGGGACGGCUAUCUGGGUUAAGUCCAUUCGUGUGGUUGAAUCUCCCGAACGGCUGGCAUUCGUAUACUUUUGUCGAUUGAGAAGGGGAGGUCGACGGCUUCAGCGGUGUUCGGCUGAAAAAGUGUCCGUUUUCAGAUCCAUGAAAUAAUCGCCGAACACCGCUGGUCGUUCGCAUGGACAAAAUGGCCGCCGCCUCGUGGUCGACAUACGAACGACGACCACCCGGCAUUCGGUUUUAAUUGAGAAGUGUCUGUGGUUAACCGCAACGUUCUAAUUGGGAUCAAUAAGUUAACCAGCAGCACACUUCUCUUCUGGGUGGCCAUCCGUUCGGUAGUUCCGUUCGACAAAACCGACAUUCCCUUGAAUAAAGCAUACGAAUGGGGAAAUUCAUGUAACCGGCAAAACAGGCGAACACAGCAUUUAUAAUCCAGACAGAUGGGUCUGUCACAAUAUCGCCAUAAAAAUCUGAAUUCUGAUUGGACGGAUCAAUUUUGGCGCCAAAUCUGAAUCACCCACACUCCUAUAUAAUUCAAACUAAGCCAGGUAUUGUAUGCUAUUCCAUUUUGAUAAAGUCUGUUGACGAAACGCGUUUUGGAUAUGUUAUAUUGUGUAUUUUAAUAUUAAAAGUAAUUUUUGGUCAUUCAUUUGCUCCAAAUUUUCUUUUUUAUAGUUUUAUAUACACAUUCUCUUACCUGGCUUUUUAUUAUUAUUCUAUUAUUUUUUAGUAUUUUAUUUAUUACUAUUUUAUUCAUUCCUCUUUUGGAUUUUUAACCAUUUGGAAGUAUCCUGUAUUUCAAAGAAAUCCAGAGGUGGGGAUCAAUCCACCUAUGCUGAUACACAAGAGCAGUUGGUUUGCUCCUCAUUUGUAAGUACGUUUUUAUCUAUUUAUAUUAAGACUACUAUACAGUGAGCACUAUCGGCUGUCUUUUCUUUUUCGUAUUUGAGAGUUGGACACCACUGACGGAGAGAUACCCCAGACAUAUCCUACAAGCGGGGAUUAUACCGCUGCACGCGCUUUUAUCCUAGAGCUGGACAUAAGCUCUACCAAAUGUGAGCUCUGUACUAUAAAUUCUAAGUACGUCACUAUUGGAAUUAUACAAUACUGCACUAUUGGUCGUCCCUCUCUCUCUUUUUUGUCUUCUACAUAAGCGGAACUAAUACAGUCUAUGAAGACUCCACUAUUGCACUUUCUGUUAUAAAGAUCACCCAUAAGGACACUCAAGUUGGAUUCUCUUUUUUAUAUUGGACUUUUUAUUGUAAUUUUAUUUUCAUUGUUGUUUUAACAUAUAUAUAUACGUAUAAUUACAAUAAUAAAUAAAUAAAAUAAUAAAAUUAAUAAAUAAAAUAUUGAAACAAAAUAUAUAAAUUAUAUAUUCAUAUGUAAUUUCAUUCUAACUGUAUUUUGUUAUUAAUAUAUAUAUAUUGGAAAAAAAAGACACUUAGAAUGACAUUCUAUAUCUAUCUAUCUAUCUAUCUAUAUAUAAAAUAGAAAUAACCGCAAAUAUAUAUAUAUAGAUAAAUACAUAUAAUUACAUAAAAGAUUACAUUAGUAUACACAAGUACCCUUAGUGUACCCUUGAGAAAGACUUAUUGUCGAAACGCGUUGUGUUUUAAAUGUUAUAUAUUUUUACAUUUUUAUUUAUCUUGUUAUUUUAUUGAAGUAAAUACUUUUUAAAGCUGAAGAAUUCUUUUGAUCCAUCUUUCCUACAUCUGGAAUCCAGCACCAGUGUCUAUAGGAAGACUGUGGGGACAUCUUGAAUAGCCUGGAAAAGCUGAUUUUCCACAUGCAAUCAAGCUAGAGCCUGCUAUUUUAGGCUCUAUUUAUUGUGAGUGACCCAAUACCUUUGCUUCUAUUACUUCUACUAUUUACAGUUUUACACUAUGUAUGGACUUUUGUGUUUUACAGAUUAAGUUCCUACUACUACUACGAAUAAGUAUUUAUAUUUUGUACUAUUCAUUCUAUUUAUUGCACCCCCCACUUUGUUAUUCUAUUGUUGUAAUAUGUUUUACUGUUUUAAAACACUAAUAUUUGUGUUUAGUGAAGUCUCCCGAAAACAACAGUAUCCCCCAUGUACAGAUUUUAUGGUGUUUUGGAAAGUUAGAGAGUCACAUAUAAGGCUUGCAUUUCAUUUUUUUGACAUUGAAAUUUGCUAGAUUGGUUAUGUUGCCUUUGAGAGCGUAUGGUAGCCCAGGAAUGAGAAUUACCCCCAUGAUGGCAUACUAUUUGCAAACAUAGACAACCCAAUGUAUUGCAAGUGGGGUAUGUCCAGUCUUUCUUAGUAGCCACUAAGUCACAAACACUGGCCAAAUAUUAGUUUUUUGCUUUUUUCUCACAAAAACAAAUAUGAACGCUAACUUUGGCCAGUGUUUGUGACUAAGUGGCUACUUAAAAAGACUGGACAUACCCCGUUUGCAAUACCUUGGGUUGUCUACUAUUGCAAAUGGUAUGCCAUCAUAGGGGUAAUUUUCAUUCUUGGGCUACCAUAGGGUAUCAAAGGCAACGUAACCAAUCUGGCGAAUUUUAAUGUGAAAAAAAUGAAACACAAGCCUUAUAUUUGACGCUGUAACUUUUGAAAACACCAUAAAACCUGUACAUGAGGGGUACUGUUGUACUCGGGAGACUUCGCUGAACACAAAUAUUUGUGUUUCAAAACAGUAAAAAGUAUCUCAGCAAUAAUAUCGUCCGUGUAAGUGCUGUUUGUGCGUGAAAAAUGCAAAAAACAACACUUUUACUGGCGAUAUCAUCGUUGUAAUACAUUUUACUGUUUUGAAACACUAAUAUUUGUGUUCAGCGAAGUCUCCCGAGUAGAACAGUACCCCCAUGUACAGGUUUUAUGGUGUCUUGGAAAGGUAUAGGGUUAAAUAUAGUGCUAGCAAAUUAAAUUCCCUUUACUUUCGGCAUGGGUUGUCAGGCAGGUCCCGCUAAUUGUAAUUAAUUAAGAUACCUAAUUAUGUAAAAAUAUUACAUAAAUAUAUAUGUAGAAUUAAUAUAUGUAUAUAUAUAUGUAUGUGAAUAUAUAUGUAUAUAUAUAUAUAUAUAUAUAUAUAUAUAUAAUUUUUUAAAAAUAUUUUUAUUUAUAUAUAGGUAUAUAUAUAGUGAUAUAUAUACGUAUAUAUUUAUGUAUAUAGAUAUAUAUAUUAUUUCGUUCUACAUGUAUUUUGAUAUAUAUAUAUAUAUAUUAAUAUCACAAUACAGUUAGAACAAAAUAACACACAUCUAUAUAUUUUUUAAUAAUUUUUUAAAAUAAUUUUUUUAAUUUUAUUUUUUAACGUAUUUACAUAUUUAAUUUUUUAUAUUAUAUAUAAAUAUAUAUAGAACAAUAAUUAUAUAUAUAUUUAAUCAAUAUCAGUCUAUGUGUAAUUUGAUAUUAAUAUAUAUAUAUAUUAUAUAUAUAUAUAUAUUAAUAGUAAAAUACACCUAGACAGUGUAUUUGUGUGUAUGUAUAUGUGUAUAUAUAUAUUUAGAUCAUAUACAUAUAAUAUAUAUAUAUAUAUGAUCUAAGUAUAUAUAUAUUUUUUUACACUAAUUUAACUUUUUUUAAUUUUAUUUAUUUUAUUUCCAGCCAGCAGGGGGACCACCUGUCAUUACAGGCAGCCCCCCUGCUGGCAAAGUUAUGAAAAAAAGAAAGAAAAAGGCCAUGUGACCAUGAUGUUAUUUUGGCUCUAGAGUUUGGCGGAUAUUAUGAUGAAUAAAAAUUUGUAUGUCUAAAAGGUUAAUAGAUAUGGUGUUAUAUUCUGAGGAUAAAAUUAUACCAUUAUUGUUCUUGUUAAGAUGAUUUAAAAAUAACUUGAGAGAAAAUUCAGGGCCUUUCCAAACAAAAAACAGGUUGUCAAUAUUAGGUAACCAGGUUUGCCCUCUAGGGGUGAUCGCCAAAAUGGCCUCUGACUCCCAGUCAUCCAUAAAAAGAUUAGCAAAACUGGGGGUAAACCUGGUUCCCAUAGCUGUGCCAUGAUUUUGUAUAUAAAAAUAGUUUAAAAACCAAAAAUAGUUAUUUGUCAAGAUCAUAUUAAUACCCUCUAAAAUGUCUGGGAUAAUGUUAUCUGCUUUUAGUCUUUAAAAAACUGAAUCGCAACCUUUAUCAUGCGGGAUAAUAGUAUAUAGGGAUUGCACAUCACAGGUGACUAAAAUAUAAUCAGGUUGCCAAUUGAAACUGUCUAAAAACCGUAGCAGGGUCAUAGAGUCCUUUAGGUAUGACCUAAUGAGUUUGAUGGUUGUAAUAGAAUGUAUAUUUAUUCGGAUAGGUUUGACAAUAUGGAGUUUAUCCCAGAAACAAUGGGUCUUCCUGGGUGAUUUUUUUCAUCUUUAUGUAUUUUGGGUAGAAAAUAGAUAACAGGAAUCUUGGGGUGAGUUACGUUAAGAUAUUCAAAUUCUUUUUUAUUGAGUAUGUUUGAUUCUAGGCCGUUAAAAAUUGGAUAGAGUAUUGUUUAUACUAUGGGUAGGGUCUGAGGAUAGUUUAUUAUAUACUUAAAAGUCACUUAGUUGUCUGAGUGCUUCAUCAAUGUACAUAGUUUUAGAGAGAACCACUAGACCACCACCUAUGUCGGCUGGUUUGCUGAUUAUGUUGUCAUUUGCGGCCUGCGGUGCAUUUCUUGCAGUUCUGAUGCAUGGAGAAAUGCUCACCUCCUGAUGCAUGGAGAAAAGGCCUUCACAAGCCUCUGCUAUUGUGUACAUAGUUUAUACUAAGUGACCCAUAGAAAGAGGAGUCAGUGACGGUGGCAGUGUAGGUGGAAGCAGCGGUGGAAAAGGAGGAUGAGGUAGCCAACACUGUUUUUUAUAUAUAUAUAUAUUUUAAUUGGCGUAGCCCCCAAAAUAUUGGGACAUAUAAAAAAAGACAACUCUGUUCCGCAGAGUAGCUGUUGACAUAAUAGUUGCGCAGGCACUUUGUUGACUCUAGAGAACCUCGGGCCAAUCGCACAUCCCCGUGGCAGUGACUUUGCAUUCGGAUGUCAUCCAUAUCAACUUUCGAUGCCAGUUUCUGCACCUACCAUGGUGACCACGGGUAACGGGGAAUCAGGGUUCCAUUCCAUACAGGGACCCUGAGAAACGGCUACCACAUGCAAGGAAGGCAGCAGGUGCACAAAUUACCCACUCCCGACGCAGGAAGGUAGUGACGAAAAAUAACAAUACAGGACUCUUUAGAGGCCUUGUAAUUGUAAUGAGUCCUUUUGAAAUCCUUUAACUUUGAUCAAUUGGAGGGAAGUCUGGUGCAGAGCCACUGACCCGUGCGUGCUGCAGCUAAAACUCCACUAUCGCCUGCUGCUGCUUGCACAGUCUCAUGAGGCGGUGAGCGGGAAGGCUGAAGUUACGCUGCAGUGCAGACAGGCAAGCAGCAGCAGGGUGAGAAUGCCAAAAGUGCGCACAGCCGCUACAGUGAAUGUCACAUCCUGUUCCAAGUUGCGGAUCAGUAUGGUGAUAGCUUCUGGUAUCCAGUACUCUUUUUACUGAAGCUGCAUCAGGGUUCUGGUUUGUGGCCACACAAACGCUGGUGCUCAACACCAGGGGGCAUGCGGUUACCCUGCACCAGACCCUGCUAAUUCAUUCCACACUGUGACUCUUAACUUCAACAUCAGGCAUACUGGGUCCCGGUCGUCCGACCGGGGACUGCCUAAACUAUAAACUGACUGUGAAACUAUAAAUGGAUCGUUAAACCUGGUACGAACCCGAACUUUGCAGUUUGGGUUCACUCAGCUCCAUUAUGGAUCAUUUGAUCGCUACAUGUAGUACUUGGAUAACUGGUAAUUCUCGAGCUAAUACAUGCCAACGAGUGCUAGGGGAUGGCUGCUCCGCUUUUGCACCAUGCUCCCUCUUAUGCUGUGCUAGUGCCUCUGUGCGACCAGCGCCUCUUCCUCCAAACUGCACACGUCACUCACAUGACCAUGAUUCCAUGUGGGGUCUAGGACCUCAUCAUCCUCCACAUCAUCUUCCACCCACUCCUCAACCCUGCCCUCCUUGCCGGUAUGCACACUGCAAAAAGCCACAGCAGUUGGCACCUGUGUUUUUCCAGCAUGUAAAGUCUGCAGAGGACAUAUGAAAAUUGUUUUAGAAUUGUAUCCAGGCAACAGGUUUCCCUAUAAACUGACCUCUCAGUUUGACUUGUGAGGGUAUUGCCCCAGAAUUACAAUAUUGUUUAAGUACCUCUUAGCUAUUGAUAACUGGUUUAAAUAUAGAAGCUUGUUAUCUGGUAGUUUCUAGUGUAGAAAAUAUCAAUCUGUUUUCCAUCACUUAGAUCUGUGUAACAAGUGUUGUAGGUGUGAAACAAUAUUACAAGUAACCAAUGUAGUAAAUUCGAAUCAAAGUUAUGCUUCGAUUUGACUCUCAGAUAUGAAUAGCAGGCCACAAAAUGUACUAUUUAGCAGAUUGGCAGCAAAACAAUUAGAAUGUUUACAACUGCGCAGUAAGCACACUACUUGACGCUUCUAUUUGACUCUCAGAUAUGAAGUGCACCGCAAGCCGCAAAUGUACUAUUUAGCAGAUUAGCAGCAAAACAAUUAGAAUAUUUACAACUGUGCUGUAAGCACACUAUUAGACGCUUCGCUUUGACUUUCAGAUAUGAAGUGCACGCCCCAAAAUGUACUAUUUAGCAGAUUAGCAGCAAAACAAUUAGAAUUUUUACAACUGCACUGUAAGCACACUAUUAGACGCUUCGAUAUGACUCUCAGAUAUGAAGUGCACGCCCCAAAGUAUACUAUUUAGCAGAGUAGCACCCAGAAAAUUAGAAUUUUUACCACUGCACUGUGAGCACACUAUUAGACGCUUCUAUUUGACUCUCAGAUAUGAAGUGCACGCCCCAAAAUGUACUAUUUAGCAGAUUAGCAGCAAAACAGUUAGAAUGUUUACCACUGCGCUGUAAGCACACUAUUAGAUGCUUCUAUUUGACUCUCAGAUAUGAAGAGCAGGCCACAAAAUGUACUAUUUAGCAGAUUAGCACCCAGAAAAUAAGAAUCUUUACCACUGCGCUGUAAGCACACUAUUAGACGCUUCUAUUUGACUCUCAGAUAUGAAAAGCAGGCCACAAAAUGUACUAUUUAGCAGAUUAGCACCCAGAAAAUAAGAAUGUUUACCACUGCGCUGUAAGCACACUAUUAGACGCUUCUAUUUGACUCUCAGAUAUGAAGUGCACCGCAGGCCGCAAAUGUACUAUUUAGCAGAUUAGCAGCAAACCAAUUAGAAUUUUUACAACUGCGCUGUAAGCACACUAUUAGACGCUUCUAUUUGACUCUCAGAUAUGAAGUGAACACCCCAAAUAUACUAUUUAUCACCAAAAAAAAAUACAAAAUAAAAACUGACUUUUUAAAACUCCAAUGUAAGCAGCAGAUUAGCAGCAAAACAAUUAGAAUGUUUACAACUGCGCAGUAAGCGCACUAUUUGAUGCUUCUAUUUGACUCUCAGAUAUGAAGAGCAGGCACCAAAAUGUACUAUUUAGCAGAUUAGCACCCAGAAAAUUAGAAUUUUUACAACUGCGCUGUAAACACACUAUUAGACGCUUCUAUUUGACUCUCAGAUAUAAAGUGCAACCCAAUAAAAUACUAUUAAGCAGUUUAGCACCCAAAAAAUUUUAAGUUUUAAAACUGCAAUGUGACCGCAGUAUUUGACGCUUCUAUUUGACUCUCAGAUAUGAAGCGCACCCCAGUAGUAUACUUUUUAGCACCCAAAAAAAUUUAAGUCUAAAAACUGCAAUGUGACCAAAGUAUUUGACGAUUCUAUUUGACUCUCAGAUAUGAAGUGCAUCACACUAAUGUACUAUCCCACUAAUGUAGUAUUUAGCACACAAAAAAAUUGACUUUUUAAAACCCCGAUGUAAUCGCGGUAUUUGAAGCUUCUAUUUGACUCUCAUUAGUAGGCAUGGCUUUGAUGUUUUCUAAGGGCACACGAGUCAAACACUCGUGUGCCCUUAGUUAAUUGGCUGCCCUGCAGCCUUUCAAAACACGCCAUUUAAUCGCCGAACACCGAAUUCCAACCCGAACAUACAGUGAUAUGUCCGUGUUCGGGUCCGGGGUUCAAAAAACCUAAUGUUCAGUACGAACCCGAAUUUUACAGUUCGGGUUCUCUCAACUCUAUUUGGCUCCAAAAUUAAGUAAUUUGAGGCCUAUAUAAAACCACUGUUGUCAGGUACAUGUUUUUAUCCACUUGAGAAAGCCUAAAGAGGAGAAACACAUUGUGGAAAUUUUAACCAACUGUAUUUUAAUAAAGGUAUUUUGGCCACUUUCUUUGUUGUAAGUUAGCCAUUUUAUCUUUUUUUUACCAUUUUUAUUAUUUUACUACCUGGCAUCUUUUUUAUUUGUUCCAGAGAGAUACUACUCCAAAGCAUCCUUGGUGGGGAUUAUACCACUUACGCCCCAUCAUUGAGCAGUGCGUCUGCC